UUGGAGCGGCGAGGUGCGGCACGCAAGUGGAGAAACGCAGCUUCUUGCAGCAGCAGCAGCAGCAGCUCGAUAAGCGCCGUGGAAGCGGAUGGAAUAGUAACCGGGCACCGGCGGGCGCCUGAGGAGACAGCGCGCGCGGAGUUUCUGGGCACCUGAGCAGGAGGAAGGAGGGAUCCGGUGGGGAUUGGUUGCAAGCGGCGGAUGUGGCCGAGGAUUUAACCAGAGCUGGGACUUGCAGGCUGCCCUCGACGCCCAUGGCUUGGCACAGUGGGGCGGGGAGUGCAUAGCUCCGGGAUGCCCCAAACACUGAGCUCUACCAGCAUGUUUACUCCUUGUGGCUUCAGCCCUCAUCAUCUACAUCCAUCCAAAGAAGGUGAUGAAGGAGGGCUGAUCUUUCAAGAUGGAAACCUCACCUCAGCAUCUCUUGAUGCUUUAAUCCAGCAUCUUAUACCUACAGCUGACUACUACCCUGAGAAGGCCUAUAUCUUUACAUUCCUACUGAGCUCAAGACUCUUCAUUGAGCCUCAUGAACUUCUGUCCCGAGUUUGUCACAAGUGCAUCGAGCAGCAGCAGCUGGAUGACCCAGUGCUGGAUAAGGCACGAAUCAGAAAAUUUGGGCCCAAAAUACUACAGUUAUUGACGGAAUGGACAGAAACAUUUCCAUAUGAUUUUCAAGAUGAAAAGAUGAUUGGCUGCUUAAAAGACAUUAUCCACAGGAUAGCCCCAUGUGAUGAGGCCUACUGGAAAAAGAUGAACCAGCUUCUGCAAACUCUGAAUCAGAAGCUCGCAACUCUUAACCAUGGGCAGGAAGGGAUAGUCAAGAUCAACGCAGCUGUCUCGGACAAGGUGGUUGCUUUUAAAAGUAAGCCUCCAUCCAUUCAACGAGAAAUGAUGAGUGUCUGCAGUGAUCCCUACACCUUGGCCCAGCAGCUGACGCAUGUGGAACUGGAAAGACUGGGUCACAUUGGACCUGAAGAAUUUGUUCAAGCAUUUGUCCAUAAAGAUCCUUUGGAAAGCACAAAGCCUUGUUUCAGUCAACAGAAAAAAACUAGCAACCUUGAGGCCUAUGUCAAAUGGUUCAAUAGACUCUGCUAUCUUGUAGCAACAGAAAUCUGCAUGCCUGCAAAAAAGAAGCAGAGAGCACAAGUCAUUGAGUUUUUCAUUGAUGUUGCUCGCGAGUGCUUUAACAUCGGGAAUUUUAACUCGCUGAUGGCAAUCAUAUCCGGUAUGAACAUGAGUCCAGUCUCCAGGUUAAAGAAGACUUGGUCAAAAGUGAAAACAGCCAAAUUUUUUAUUCUCGAGCAUCAAAUGGACCCUACAGGUAAUUUUUAUAACUACAGAACUGCAUUGCGGGGAGCUGCACAUCGGUCCCUAACAGCACACAGCAACAGGGAAAAGAUUGUGAUCCCGUUCUUCAGCCUACUGAUCAAAGACAUUUACUUUUUGAAUGAAGGAUGUGCCAACCGCCUUCCAAACGGACAUGUCAACUUUGAAAAAUUCCUGGAACUGGCUAAGCAAGUAGGUGAAUUUAUAACAUGGAAACAAGUAGAAUGUCCAUUUGAGCGAGAUGAUAACAUCAUCCACUAUUUACAUACUGCGCCCAUCUUUACUGAAGAUGGUUUGUAUCUGGCUUCCUAUGAAAGUGAAAGUCCGGAAAACCAAACUGAAAAAGAGAGGUGGAAAACCUUGAGGACAACUAUCUUAGGAAAGACUUGAAGCUAAAGAUCUGUAAUUGCAGUAGGACAAACAAACAAACAAA